AUAGCACAUGGUUUCCACGCUACUUUUUAUUUUAUGUUAAAUAUAUCCGUUUUAGAGACGAUUCUUUAUUAAAAUCACCAUGACUGACGUACCAGAUUUAAGUAGUGAUGAAGAGCACUUUGAAGAAGACGAAUGGCAGGAGAUGGAAACGAGCGGUGCUUCGGUAACUUGUUUAUAUUGUGCUAAUGUUUCUGUGUCCAUCGAAGACGCCGUAAAACACUGUGAGAGCGCGCAUAAGUUUAAUUUAAACACAUUGAAAGCAAAAUUUAACAUGGACUGCUAUUCUUACAUCAAGUUAAUCAACUAUAUCAAGACGCACAAGCCGACAGCUGAUGCUGUAAUGAAUUCCGCCGAAGCUUUGUGGGAGGACGAGAAAUAUCUAAAGCCAGUGGAAAACGACGAUUGGUUGAUGUUUGACUUCGAAUCGCUUGCCGACGCUCCUAGUUCUCCCCAAUCCUACCACGCGAACGUCGAAAAUGGCUUAGUCACGCUAACCCAAAGCCAUUUCCUAGAGCUUCAAAGAACAAUACAGGUUUUGACUCAACAACUCAACGAAAGCAAAACCCAUUUGCAAAUGGCUAAAGAAGACAUUGGUAAGAUGCAGGCAUCAAUGAAAACCAUUGUGGAUGUGGGCUCAACUAAUUCAAACGGUGAAAGUGCUAUGAUUGUUGACUGUGUUUCUAAAGUGCCCUUGGAAGAUGACGAAGGUUAUUUCAACACGUAUGCACACUUCGGUAUUCACUAUGACAUGCUCUCAGACAAAGUACGAACUGAAAGCUAUAGAGAUGCAAUAUUAAACAAUAAAGAAACUUUGAAGGAUAAAGUUGUUCUCGACUUGGGAUGCGGCACGGGUAUUCUUUCUAUGUUUUCAGCGACAGCCGGUGCAAAGAAAGUGUAUGCAUUAGAUCAAUCUGAAGUUGUGUAUCAUGCAAUGGAUAUUAUAAGAGAAAAUAAUUUACAUGAAACAAUAAAAGUAGUGAAAGGAAGAUUAGAGAACACAAAACUUGAUGAAAAGGUUGAUAUAAUUGUUUCAGAAUGGAUGGGCUAUUUCCUGCUUUUCGAAGGCAUGUUAGAUAGUGUUAUAUAUGCAAGAGAUAACUGCCUCAAACCUGGAGGUUUAUUGUUACCUAACAGAUGCAACAUUAGUCUUGUAGCCAACGGAGAUGUGGACACACAUAUAAAGUUGAUAGAUUUCUGGUCAGAUGUGUACGGAUAUAAAAUGAAUUGUAUGAAGUCUGAAGUAGUCAGGGAAGCCAGCGUUGAUGUUGUUGGAUCUAAAAACACUUUAUCAGAGCCAUGUGUGGUCAAAGAUAUUGAUAUAAACACAUGUAAUACAGAUGUCAUGGAUUUCACCUCAACAUUUAAACUUCCAAUCACAAAGGAUGGAUCAUUGACAUCUCUCGUUGGUUAUUUUGAUAUUUUCUUUGAUCUUCCCAGUAAAGUUUCAUUUUCUACCGGGCCGCACACAACGGCUACACAUUGGAAACAGACUGUGUUUUAUUUCAGAGAUUGUAAAGAAGUCAAAAACGGAGAUGUUAUUGAAGGCACUAUUAUUUGUAAUCGGCAAAAAACUGAUGUCAGAGCUUUGUCUGUACAAAUAGAUAUAUUUGGUAAAACCCAUAAGUAUAUUUUAAGCUAGACCUUAUUUGUUAGAGCUAUAAUAGCAAUGGCAGCAUACUGUUUACUUUUAAGUAUAAAAUGUUUAUUAUCUGAUUAUUAAUC